AUGCAGGGCUACUCAUUUGCGCCCCCAGCCGGGCCUCCGAGGGAAGGUCAGAAAAAUUAUGUAUUCGUUGAUGAACACAACCGGCACAAGAGACUCAAGGUGAUGCGAGCCUGCAAUGGUUGCCGGAAAAGAAAAAUCAAAUGUGAUGCAGCCACGACAAAUACGUGGCCUUGUUCUGCAUGCACUCGUCUGAAGCUGGUUUGCGUCCCUCCUACCAUUGGCCAAGAUGGAGACUUCCUGCCAGAUGGCCAGAGCGAGUCUACUCUAGACAGCGGUGGUCCUUCCGUCCCUUCCGAAAGCCCUCAUUCCUUCCCAGUACCUCCGACCUACAGGGAUAAUAAUCAACCUACCAUGGGAACAAUGCCUUCAUAUGAUCAAUUGAGCAUGUAUUCCCAGUAUGUUCCUGCUCCACAUCCCCAACAAGGCCUUUAUAACGGCAUUCGGUCGCCACAAAUGCCCAUGCCGCCGAUGGCAUAUCAACAACCUCAGAUGUAUGCCGGGGCCCAUGCUCCGUCAAUGGGAACACCAGAUCGGAAUGUUUAUAUUGAUAACGAUCAAUCAACCGCAGAGAACCUUAGCGAUGUACUUGGGGAGCUGAAGAUCGACGAGAGUGGCAUCGCCCCCUAUAUUAGAAGGCAACGGACAGAUCGUGUCGAGCCUGAUGCCCCUGUUCAAGACGAGGCCGAAGAGCGGUUGCCGCCUCUCAGCACUGGAUCAGGCGCGACGAUCCGAAUCCCGCCUGAGCUUAUGCCUGCAGAAGACGACGUGAUGUCUUAUUUCAAGAUCUACUUUGAUGAGAUACACCCCUAUGUUCCUGUCGUUUCUCGUGCCCAUCUGUACUACCAGUGGCAACAUGAUCGCCGCUCCAUUUCCCCACUUCUUCUCGAGGCUCUGUUUGCCUGUGCAGGACGGUUAUCUGAUGAGCCCGCAGAGGGAGCCCAAUGGCUGGCAUUGGCCAACAGGCACGAGACCAGCUUUAUGGAUGUGCCACGUCUGAGUACUAUCCAAGCAUUACUUCUCCUACUAAAGGCCAGGGAAUCUUUGCCGAAGAAAGGUUAUUAUUAUCGAUCUUGGCAAACUGUCAAGACAAUCGUCUCGAUGGCGAAAGACAUGGACAUCCACGAGCACUACAGCAGCCAUGCCGAAGGGGAACCCUGUGGUCUCAACCCAAUUGAAUGCUUGGUGCAGACCAGGGUAUGGCAGUCUAUCAUGGUAGUCGAGGUGAUGAUCGGAGCACCUCAAGGCCGCUCGGACUACGGAGUCGACCCUGAAACAGUCGACAUGCGCCCAACGCUAGAUAUCAGAGGUCUUGACCAAUACGAGAUCGAUCGCUCAAGACAAUAUGCUUAUUUCGUUCGCAACGCACAUCACAUUCGCAUCAUCACAGAUAUCUAUCACAAAAUCAAGAAGCAAAAGGACUGGGGAGCCGACGCCCGAUUUGUCAACUAUCCUGCUGAUGGCUCUGCGCCAUGGCUGCCAUCCCAUUUUGUGGGCAAUAUGCAUUCUCAUUGCCACCUCGCGAUCAUUCUGUUACAUCGCCCUCAACUAAUUGCCUCCCAAUCCUUCGCAGCCGGUGGUGAAUGGAAGAUUCACAUGUCACUGUGCUACUCCUCAGCCAAGAGUCUAUGCCGGCUUCAAGAAGCCAUUUUGCAGAGAUUUGGGCUGUCCGGCCUGCUUUAUAUGCAAAGAGGUAUCAAUUUUGCCAUAUAUUGCAUUCUGACUUGCACAAUGCUGCACCUGGUUGCCAUCACCUCUCCCGACCCUGAAUUCAACUCAGAUGCCCGUGAAUAUUUUACUCGACAUAUGAGAAUCCUAGAGACCUGCUCAACCGCAUGGCCCAUGCCCGAGAUUCAAGCGCAGAUCGAUUCGUUGAGACUGGCCUUUUCCGCUGACAUGCAACGCCCCUUCGACCUGAAACCGAGUUUCCCAUAUGGGAGUCCUUCGGAACCCUAUCAGCCCAGUCCACCUAUGGAUGCGCACUACCAUCCUCAUUUAAAUCAAGUCCAAUCUAGAGUGGGUUUCCAUGCGCUUCCAAUAACUCCUCCAAUCUCGACCGGUGCUGAAGACUCCAAGUCCGACACAUCUUCUCAGUUACAAUCCCUCGGAAUGGUUGCCCAUCAACCCCCCACAACCCAUCCAAUGGAUGCCCCAUUAGCCGACGAAAAUACCUGGGACCCGACUCGCAUCAUCACCCAAUGGGACAUGGCUUUCUCCGUGAACCCCUCUACCGUCAGCACCAAUUCUCCGCCGAUGCCUAUGAACAAUUCGACACCGGGUGUACCAAACGUCGUGAACCCCCAAUACCCCGUGCAGUACGAAACACCCAGCAAGGUGUCUUCUUUCACCCCAUCUCAGUCCAUUUCCCCGCCGCAGUUCCACGCACCCCCGGUCGUGUUUUCGGCCCGUGACUGGCAGCAAAGUGUUGCUAGUGUAUAUGAUCCACAGGGCGUGAAGCGACGAUGGAACCAUUCAGUUGAUGUCGGUUCUGACAACAUGUCUAAGCGACAACGGGGAUGA